AUGUCUUCCAAAACCCCGUAAGUCCGCCUGUACGGGAAGAUGAACGCGCAGACCAGUUUCUAACUCCUCUAUUAGAGGCGGCCAAGCAGCUUCCGCUAAAUUCCAGAAACAACAAGCCGAAAGUACGUGGCCCUCGUAGGUCCGCCAUGCAAAUGUGCAAGUCUGUUAACAUGCACUGUCAGGCAAAGGGCUCGGCGCAGACAACGCUCCCGGUCAUAAAGAAGGCAAAGUCCCAGGCGAGGCACCGGUGGCAUCCGAUUCCGGAUCCUCUGCGGUCGGGAUCGAGCAUGGGACCAAUCAGCCUGGCGAGAAAGGCAUCAGUGGCAAGCCGGUAUCGUCUCAGCCGGAGGGCGGUUCGUCGAAUAUGAAGUAG